AGAGGAGGCGGAGUCUGAUCUGAGAUUCUCGACUUUCACUUUGAGUCUCGUGCAUUUCUUCCACCUCUCAGCAGCAAUGAACUGAUUCUUUCACCAGACGAUUUGAGCUUUAAUGUCUUUUUAUCAUCGUUGACAUGCUCCUCUGGCCGCGGACCAGUAGAGGUGUGGAUCUGAACUGGUUUCUGGCUGUGUGAAGCGACGGAGAAGGGAAGAUGUGGCAGAGUGUGUUCGUGCUUGCAGCCCUGUUGGCUCUCGUGUCCUCACAGGCUGAGAUGAAGCUUCUGAAGAAGGUGGGCGAUGACGUCGUCCUCAGUCCCAGCUCCGGCUCCGUGACUGGUCCCAUCAGCAACAUCAUCUGGAAAGUUGGCCCGAACAUCGGCGUCCAGUGGGAAACAGCCGACCCAGAGGUUACCUACUAUCGUCAUUUUAAAGGGCGCACGAGCCUGAACACUUCAACUGGAGCGUUGACAAUCAGGGGACUGAAUCGAAAUGACAGCAAACUGUACACACCAGAAAUCAACAGCAUCGAGACCACUCCCACUCUGCUCACCGUCCUCGCUCCAGUCCCCGUUCCCAAAGUAACUGCAUCCUGCAACGAAGAGAAGAGCAGCUGCACUUUGACCUGCGAUGGAAACCUCACAGACGUGGAGCUCGUCAUCUACAACUGGAAGUCAGAUGACGUCUCACUGAGGAAUUCUUCUAAAGAUCACCACGUUGAAAAGGAGGAGAGUCUGAGUGUUAAGGAGUUCAGCUGCCAGCUGGAAAAUCCAGUUAGUCUGGAGAGCAGCGAACGCAUCGCCAACCCGUUCAUCACCGACACGACGCCUGAAAGGAAAGUGAAUAUCAACACUGGACUCAUGGUGUUCCUCUCUCUACUGGGAGCUGUGGUGUUGCUGGCCGUCAUACACAGGUGGAGAGCAGGGAUGUGGUUCUUCCAGAAAGAAUCCAUGCCUUGGGAGGCAGAUUUUUGGAGCAAGGACGAGAGGGGAUCAAGAGAUGCGGAGACUAAUGGAACCACGACUCGUCGAGAACGGGGAGGAGACGACGAGGAAACUGCGAUGACAUAAACGGACAAAUGGAGAAAAACGUGCAGAAACAACGAUCCCACAUUCCACUCAAAAGCCACAGAGAAGGUUUCACACUUGAAGUAGAUCUCAAAUCCACCUGAGGCUCGCUCGGAAAAGAGAUUUCAGGACAAAGCCAGGAAACUCAGCUUUCCUGUGACCGACAGCAAACCUGGCACCAACCGCUGCCCCCCCGACUCAUUAACCCGGCGGCCGGGUGUAGUUUCUAGUGUGGAUGUAACGCAGCCUCGUGGCGUUGGAGCACAGCAGGACUUUCAAUAAGGUGGAAGAGGGACGCCAUUGUGUGGUUCAGGCCGACAGCAACAAUACAGGCUUUGUGAAGAACUUUUCCACCGACUCCUCUACAGCCAGUUUGCUAACUCGUUUAAAUGUGGGAGAAUUUUUAGCUCAAGGUCAAUCAGUUCUUGUUUUUGAAUGUAUGAUCUUUUUUAACUCUUCUAUUUAUUUGUCUUUUAAAUGUUACCUCUGUAUUUAGCUCUGAGUUCUGAGAGAUAGAUGGUUAAAUGUUUGGUUUUGCAGCUUUUCAACACAUAAUCAAACUAAAGCAAAAAAGAGCAAAUUGAAAUAUCGAGAAUAAACUUGAAAAGAAACGCAGACAUAAACUCCCCAUUUUCCACAUGUUGACUUUUCUUGAAAAGCAGAAGGAUGAAAAAACCUCUUCCUCUUUUUUCCUGAAUAAAUUGUAGCAGGUGGCAGUUUUUGCUCCGAGUCCUUUUUGUACUUUUUUCCUUGUCGUUUUGAAAGCUGAGGAUAUUAAGUUUUUAUUUUAACCAACAAAAAAGCACUUGUUCUUUUUACAUUUGGGAGUUUUAAAAGGUUCGAGACAUUUCGAAACCAGAGGCACUGAGAUAUUUAAAGCCUGUCUGCUGACGAUUUGCUGCAGUGUGAGAAUAUGAAGAUAAAGAUAUGUACAAGUGUUCUUAUAAAGGUGAUAUUGAAUAAACGGAAUAUCAAAUCA